GUUGUCAGUGUCACCAAGAUCUCAAUGCCCAAGUUUGUCUCGGCAAGCCGGACCAAGCCUCACGGCGGCAGCGACAAGCUCGCGAGUCAGCUGCGCCUGAUGGCAUCUCAUACCACGACUUUGUUGAGGCACCUCAGUGGUGCAACCGACCAGGCUGGCCUUCUAAGGGACUGGCAAAGGGCACGGGCCGCCCUCUGGACGACCAUGUUGCUGAAACUUCGAUAUUGGGAUGAAUUGCCAUGGAAGCUGUGUGCCCUGGCACAUGAGAACGUGCACGUGGUUCAGAAGACGGCCCAGCAAGUGUUGCUGCUUUACGACAAAGCUGCGGAAACUGACACCCCCGGCCCAGGCUGCUUGCACAGGAUGACGCGUCGUUUCUGCCAGAAAGAUUACGACGGCGGAGCUGAUGACCCCGCUCUUAGACCGCUCAUCGAACGCCUUGCUUCGGGUGAACCUUACUCAGACUUCCUGACAGACGAGAAGCAACCUUUAGCCAAAUGGCUCUCUGCCUUCAGACAUGUGUUUUGGCAUGAUGGCUUGGGCUUCGUUUGA